CCAAGAUCAUGCUCCCGGGAUAAUUUUGAUAUCCUGAGCCUCGAACCGCAAGCGAAAGUUCGUUUCAUCCUCUUUCUCACCCCCACGGCAAACGCUCCGAUCUCCACCCACAUCACACUGACCCACAACCAAGAGACACCCCGAGGGCCGCGCUUGUUCGCGGGCGGCAGGGGAAAGCCUGAUCUCGCCUGCGGUGUCAUCGGACAAGAUUCGAUUGCGACCUCUGAACCGCAGCGAAGGCCCUGGAGCGAGUCGCCGUCGCCGCCCGCAGGGAACGUAAUUGGCGACUGCGGCAGCAAUUGAGAUCGCGUGACGCCCAAGGCCGCGCGUCACGUCGUCUGUCGGUCGCGCAGCGCAGCUGCCGGCGCCCUGCGACGCCUCGUCUUGUAGUCGCCCUCCGACGCCGAGGCCGGCUGCACCGCUCCAGGAACCCCUCCGCUCUCUGCUUUCCAGGAUGUCGGCGGGCGCGCGCUGGAAGCGGCCGGCGGCGGUGGCGGUGCCGCGCGUGUGGCGGCGCUGCUCGGGCCGCACGCCGCUCGACGGCCAACUGCCGCGCUUCGUCAUCCAGGACGUGCCCGACGACCUGCACGAGGCCGUCGUCGCCUUCAUGUCCACCUUCUUCCCGCGCGACGAGCCCAUCUGCGCGCACCUCAAGCUCUGGACGGACGCGCAGUCGCUGGCGGAGCUGCAGGGCCUCUGGCGGGAGAGCCUGCACCAGCACGUGGCGCUGGUGGCGCUCCUGGAGGACGCGGCCGGCGGCCCGCCGCGCAUCGUCGGCUGCAACCUGCUCGCCGUGCUCUACAAGGAGGACCAGGGCCAGCCCAACCCGUACAAGGGGUUCGCGAUGCGCGCCUUCCUCGAGGCGCUCAACUACCACAACACGGUGGUGGACCCGUUCGAGCGGUUCGGCGCGGCGGAGGCGCUGGUGGGCUUCGGGCUGAGCAUCGACCCGGCCUUCCGCGGCCAGGGCCUGGGCCUGGAGCUGAUGCGCGCUCGCUUCGAUAUGGGCCGCGCCGUGGGGCUGCGCCUCACCUACACCGUCUUCACCGCCAUCCAGUCGCAGACGCUAGCCGCGCGCGUGGGAAUGGACACGCUCGUCGAGGUCUGCUACAAGGACUACAAGGACAACGGGGAGCCCGUGCUGGCCGGCAUCUCCUUCCCGCCCUCCAUGAAGCUGCAGGCCCGGCCCAUCGACUGAGCCUCGCCCACGACUUCACCGCAUCUUGCCUUUACAGUCGGCUUUUCAAGAGGUCAUUUAUCGCGUAGCUGCAGUACAAAUGUUUGUCACGUUGGAUCUUAAAGGAAACAAAUUAUCAUAGGUAAUACCGCAAGUGCUAUGGAAUUUGUCGCGAAGCGGGGAGGGGAUUCAUCUGACAACUUCCAAAGUACCAUUUCAUAGGACUAUUCCACGAAUGAGAUUACGUCAAACAGAGUUCCAAAAUGCGCCAAAUAUUGAAAAUAACUUACAGCAUGGUAACAACAAAGAUAUUAUGUUAUAGU